AUGAGGCAUGUCAUAGCAAUACCCAUGAGCACAGUGGACAGUGUACUCUUUCAGAACACAAGCUGUUGUGAUCCAUUUAUCAAAAGUCUCUGUGAAUGUAUUGAUGACCUGAAACAGCAAAUAUCAAAGGAGAUCUCAGAGUCAACUGAUAUCAAAGAGACACUGAAAAAUGUGUCAGUAAAACCCCAGGAUGAGCUUUUCAAGAGGGUGUUUGGAUGUGGAGUGCAGUGUCCAAUUUGCAAAACACCAUGUGAAGCAGGAGGGAAGGAACAUCAGCUACACCAUGCAGCUGUGCACAGACCACAAGGCAUUGGCAUGUACAGAAAUAGAAAGACUAAUAUCCUUUGUGAAGAGAUCUGCACAUCUAGUGUUCAUGCCAAUGGAACAUUUCUAAAUCAUGACACAAAUUUCCAACCUCAUCCCUACAAAGACUACCAGAAAUAUUACCCAGACUGGCAUAUUGCACCUGACAUGUCAAUAGAAGCCUCAGAUUACUGGAAAUAUGUGCUGGUGACAUUCAAUAAAGAAUUUGCUGAAAGGUAUAUAGCAUUGCCAGCUGUUUAUCCAGAUGUGUGGAAUCAAAUCAAUAAAGAUCAGGCUUUUAAUAGUCUGAAGCUCAUGUUUAAUAUUAAAUAAUGAUAAACUGCCAAAAUUUCACUGCAAACAUAUUGAAAUUGGUGACGAAGACAAAGUCCAUCACUCAAAGUUUUAUCACUUAUGUUAUUGCUCAGGUGACACAGAAACUGGAGCAAUAGUUAUGCCUGAAUCAAUGUUAUUAGGAUUAUUAUAUUGGGGGAUUUAAACAGUUUCUAAUAAACAUUAUAUCUGUAUGCCUUAUGAUUUUUUUAUGGUUUUAGAUGGUUGGAUUAUUUAGAUGGUUGGAUUAUUUCUUUGACUGAUGUUAAUUCAAAUGUUUACUUUGUUAUACUGUACAUGUUACGGUUAUAGUUAGUAAUUAUUUUCUGAAAUUUAGUUGAAUGUAUUAUUAUUGUAUGAACAUACUGUAUGAACAUAGGAGUAUGUUAAUGAUAAAUUGUGAUUUAUAAAUAA